AUGUUGUCCUACUUGUACACCUACCUGACGAACCUGCCGCGAUGGCACCUGGUGGCGAUAGUGCUCGUCGGUUAUCUCAUCUACUACCUGAUGGAGGUGGUCAAGCGUCCCAUUCUAGCCGUUUCGAACGGUCCCUUCAAGAAGUACCUCCGCAAACACAUCCCAACGCUGGAGAACAAAUUCUGGCCUACGUUCUGGUGCGUGGAGAGCCGCGCUCAGACCGUGUUCGCGAGUAUCCUGCGUUCCAACAUCAUGCCUUUGGUGGAGUACCGGCGCGAAGUGCUGACGCUCAAGGAUGGUGGUGAGGUGGCGCUGGAUUGGCUGGAAACCGGAUGUGACCCGGAGUCACCAGUCAUCAUUAUCCUGCCCGGGUUGACCGGUGAAUCGCAGGCCGAGUACAUCAAGUGCCUAGUGACGGCGGCCAAUCGCAUCGGCAUCCGGACGGUGGUGUUCACGAACCGCGGAUUGGGUGGGGUUGCGCUUAAGACCCCCCGGUUGUACUGUGCUUCGAACUGCGAGGACCUCUCCGAGGUGGUGAAGCACGUGAAGCAGUCGAACCCGCACGUCCGCAUUGGCGCGACCGGCAUCUCGAUGGGUGGGCUAAUCCUGGGCAACUAUUUGGCGCGCCACAGUGACGAGGCGAAAUCGAUCCUGACCGCGGCCAAAAUUAUCUCCGUGCCUUGGGACGUCCACAAGGGUAGUGCAAGCAUCGAACAGCCCAUCCUGAAUAAUCUGCUCGGGCGCCAUCUUGCCUCGAGCCUUUGUCGCACGGUUAGCAAGUACGAGAUCCUGCGCGGCGAAGAGUUCGAUUGGGAUAUGAACCAGGUGUUGCAGAGCAAAACCAUCAAACAGUUCGACUCGGCGUUCACGUCGAAGCACUUCGGCUACAAGGACGUGGAGAGCUACUACUCGGACGCAACGCUCCACAACAAGCUUCACCACAUCAAAGUGCCUUUGCUGUGUCUGAGUGCGGCCGAUGAUCCGUUCCAGCCGCUCGAUGCGAUUCCGGUGAAGGCGGCCGCCAAGUCGUCACAUGUUGCCAUCCUGAUAACGGCCCGUGGAGGUCACAUCGGCUUCCUGGAGGGUUGGUGGCCGGCAAACAAGGAUCAGUACAUGGGCCGCUUGUUUGGUCAGUACUUCUCGGCUGCCCUGUUUGAUCCGAACGACGAGUUCUACCGUACCGCGCAGCUGAUGAUGGAACAUAACCUCACAACGUCCACGUCGGUGCCAGGUUCACCGAAAGGCCAACCAGCGGCCGGUGCCGCGAGUGCCAUACGGAAAAAGUCCAUCCCUUUCUAAUGGAUACCCGGUGGGGUAGGUCUGGAAGCUUGAUUGCCGGACCGGUGCAGGUUGAUGGGGUUUCAAUUGCUUUCGGCAUGAACAUGGAGGCAUAUUUGCGAUUGAAUCGAAACAAAAGCUACACCCCCACGUAGCGAGUGUGAUCGUUUGGACGAAGGAAAGCAACAAAAAGAAAAAGAGUUACGAAAAUCGUUACUAGGUGCAUAUCGCGCGCGUCCUUUGAGGUAUCCAUUUCGUUUCUAGACACCUAGUAGUACCAUUGAGCGGGCUGUAGCGCCUGCGAGACGUCCUGGCAGACGGUACCGUUUGCAGCAAACCAAAUCCAUGUGAUAGAGAGGAGAAGCUACCCUACGAAGGAAGCCACACGUUGUUUGCUCUCGCUGGCACUUUAACAAAAAUCGUUGCUAAAACAUACCUAAUAAUAGAGUUAUUAGAACAAUAC